AUGAACUCCUCCGAUCCCAAGAAAAUCCCGAUAAUAUUCGACACUGACCCAGGUGUUGACGAUAUAAUCGCGUUGCUGCUUGCUCUUUCUUCGCCAGAGCUAGAGAUCUUGGCAAUCCUUGUAUCGUAUGGGAAUACCGAUGUUGACUCCUCGUAUGCGAAUGUGUUGAAAACAUACCAGGUAAUACAGAGGCAUUUAGACCUCUAUCCUGAAGAUGCGGUUCGAUUCCCAAGCUUCUUCGAUAACCUGAGAACAAUCGUUUGCCGUGGAAGUAAGGGCCCCCUUCAAGGUCCAUUGCAUAGUGCUUCUUAUUUUCAUGGAAGGGAUGGAUUAGGCGGGAUUCACGAACGCCACCCGGAAUUCAAUGUCACUUCGAAUCCUGAAGGGCUCCAUUACACCGACGAAUCAGGUAUUGAUGUGGCACUCAAACUCUUGAAGGAGCAUGAACCUCGGAGCAUCACAUACGUUGCGGUUGGUCCUCUUACAAACCUUGCCAAAAUGAUGCAAAAGGAUAGUGAGCUGGUCUCUACCAGAGUGGGGCGAGUGAUUUGCAUGGGUGGUGCUUUGGAUGUUCCCGGCAACACGAGCCCAGUCGCAGAAUGCAAGUACACAUUUUUUCUUUUUCCACAAGCUGUUUUUUCAAACCGAACCCCAUUAGUUAAUUUUUACGCAGAUCCUUUUGCAGCGCGAAAUCUACUAGGUCCCAAGCCGCCCUACAAAUUUCCUCUUCCAUUAGAUCGAUUCCUGCUACUUCCUUUGGAUAUCACCACUCCUCAUCAGCUCCCAUUCCCACUGUAUCAGAAGCGCGUUGAUUCAUGCUUCGGUUCUUCUCAAGCAUCUCCUAAACCAGUGACACGAUUUUCGUCCUCUUUCUUGACGCACACUCGCCAAGUCAUGAACGAGUAUGAACAAGACGCCAUGGAGUUACACGAUAUUGUAGCCAUAUGGUGUGCGAUCUACUUUCCGCCCUUCCCGAAUGAUUUGCACAUAGAAGAAGAGUCCGUACGAGGAUGGAAAGUUGCUAAAAGACUUUUUGACAUCGAAUGUACAGGAGAGUUAACUCGCGGUAUGGUUGUCGUGGAUAAGCGUCAAGAUAAGACUGCAUAUGCACCAGGUGCUAACAGAGCAGAAGUCCAAGCACAGUUGGAACAGACACGUUUCUCGAGUGGCGGCAAUUUGGAGUCAGUCGCACUACCAGUACCAGCCCAAGUCGAAGUCGAUUUGACAUCCAAGAUGAUUCACAAAACAGAUGGUGAUCAUCGUGGCGUUUGGUGUAUCACGGAAACUCCUGGACCUGACGCUUUACUGGAGACCCUUCUGGCAAGAGUGUGGGGUGUGCAAGGGUGCGUAUGA